AUGGCUGAUAUCCCUCACUUCACGCUGAAUGAUGGUAACAAGAUACCCUCUGUCGGAAUUGGAUGCUGGAUGGGUAUCCCUGGAGGAGCAGAACGCGUCUAUAAUAUGUGCUUGAAAGCGCUGAAGAAUGGAUAUCGCCUGAUAGAUACGGCUAAUGGAUACGGCAACGAAAAGCAAGUUGGCCAGGCAGUUCGCGACUCUGGGAUCCCCAGAGAAGACAUCUACGUUACUACCAAGCUCCCGAACAACGAUCACCAUCGAGUGCAAGAGUCGUUCGAUGAAUCUCUUCGGAGCCUUGGUUUGGAUUACAUUGAUCUAUAUCUCAUGCACUGGCCGCAGGCGUGCAUCAGCGCUGUGUCCAUGGCGGACCCAGAUGCAGUCAUCCCGCCCCCUGGGGAAUCACCUACCUUCAUCGAGACAUGGCGAGACAUGGAAAAGCUUCUCGCCACCGGUAAGGUCAGAAGUAUUGGCAUAUCCAACUUCUCUGUGAGGACUCUGAAUGAGUUACUUCCACAUUGCCAAGUUGUCCCUGCCGUCAACCAAGUUGAACUUCACCCUUGUCUACCCUCGAUAGAGUUGAAGAAGCUCUGCGACGAUAAAGGCAUACUCCUAGAGGCAUAUUCUCCGUUGGGUACGUCUGGUCAGAAGACUACAUUGUUACACGAAAGCCCCAUCAUCCGUGAGAUUGGGGAGAGGCUCGGUGCUACACCCGCCCAAGUGGUUCUCAGUUGGGAUGUUCAGCGGGGAACCGCGGUGGUAGCUAAAACGGAGACCGAGUCACGGAUGAAGGAGAACAUUACGGUGCGAGGAGCAAGCAAUCUGGUAUACUCUGCGCUGACACCUAAUGUCCUUCAAAACGAAUAA